AUGACAAGUGAGCUCUGUGGGAGCCCUGCAAUGGAAGAGAAGCCUCCGAAGGGAGUAAGCUCCGCUACUUUUUACACACUUAGUACAUGAUGCAAGCGUCGACGUCGGAAAAUGUGGAGAAGAGGGUGCUUGAGUUUACCGGUUUGACUGAAUAUUUCCCUGUUGGCAAUGACGCUUUGGGCAGUGAGACGGAAAACAUGGAUGAUGACUUGGGCUACUCAAGUGUGCUACUUGUCAAAUCAGAAGAGAAGAGAAAGGCAAGAGAGGAACAAACUCUGGAAAUACAGAGUAUCUCCGAGGUCACGGAAGUCAAGAAAACCUUCAUGCAAGCAGAGCCCAUUGCCAGCAAAAAGAGAGUUCGGAAGACAAAGAGAGGUGAUGCCCCUCCAUCUGAGCGUUCCCAGUGUCACUGCUGCGUGGUGUUCUUUUGGCUCCUGACACUGGGGAUCAUGACCAUACUAGGGGCGGCCGUGGCCUUCUUGCUGAUUCAUUUGAUUCAACUGCAGCAGGAGAAGGAAGCUCUGAAGGUAGAGCGUGAUUAUCUCAAUGGGACCCUUGGAGUCAUUUUCCAGUUCAGCAAUUUUCAAGUUGACCAUUUCUGUCCGAUCUUAGACAAUUGUACACAAGAGAGGAAGUGUUAUAAACCUUGCAAAGAGAGGUGGGUAUACUACCAAUCAAGCUGUUACCAAUUCAUCUCCUCUGACUGGCCGAACUGGGAGAGCAGUCAAAACCACUGCAAUUCGAUUGGUGCCCACUUGGUUGUAAUUGACACUUUAGAGGAACAGGCCUUCAUCAAUAAUCACACCAAGGAUAUGGACAAUGAAGGAAAUGGAUACUGGAUUGGUUUAUCGAGACACGAUGACAAAUGGCAGUGGGUGAAUGGCAGUGAUCUCAUUGGAGGGUAUUGGAUUACUAACGAAUGGUAUAACUGUGUGGCAACCAUGCCUAGCACUGACCCCUCGAGGAGCUGGAAGGCCAAACACUGUGCUGGAACAAACAGGUGGAUCUGCGAGAUGGAGGCAACUAUAUGGCCAGACUGACCACACAGAUGUUGUUGCUUUGGAUUCAAAAUAACUCGCUGAUGUAACGUUUAGUGAAGAUUCUUUAUGUAUUUCUAUCAUCAACUUGGUUCUGUUAUAAAGAGAAAUUAUUGACCUCCCUGAUUCACAUUGAAGAUUGUGAGUUACAAAUCUGUGUGUUGAAAAAGAAAUAAAAAAGACAAGAAAUUAAAAAAA